CGUCCGAGUCCGCGAGCACUGGUCAUCCAUACGUACGUGUCGUUUCAAGAACUUUUCGUCGCGGUCCGAAAUCACAUAACCGCGCACGGCUGAAACACGUCGGAAAACGGUUUCCAUUACUCGCAUGAUCAUGACGCCGAUCGCGAUCGUCACCUGCGCCGCCGUGCUGUGGUCGUGCGCCCUCACCGCCGCCGCAUCGUCCGCCCUGGAUGCCGUCGCCCUAGGCAAUCAAGUCGUUCCCGAAGGACCUAGCCUGUCCGAGAUCACCAAGGUCAUCGAAACCCAAGGGUUCCAGUCCUCCGGCACGUUGUUCGAGUUGCUCGGCUCCUGGAUGAUCGACGGUUCCGUAGAAGGUCGGGGCAAAAAGCAGAAACCGAUGAAGAUGGCCAUGGCGAUGGUCGGGGCCGCGGCCGGCGGCAUGAUGAUGAUGAAGGCGAUGGGCGCGAUCAAGCUGUUCAUCAUUCACUCGUUCCUGGUCACCAAGCUGGGGCUGAUCAUCGGGUUGUACCUGCUGCUGUGCAAGAUGAUGGAGAUGAAGCAGGCGCCGGCCAAGAAGGUGAUCAAAUGGGUUUCGGCGCCGCCGCACUUCGACGAGCACCCGGCCCCGAUGUCCAUGAUGGGCGGCCCUUACCCCGAGUCGCAGCAGUCCUCGUACGCGGAGGAACAACACAUGGAUCAGCAGCACCAGCAGCCGGCCGCCGACCAGUACGGACCGCCGCCCCAGCAGCAGUACAUGCAUACCGGUGAUUUCGGCGGCGGCGGCGGCGGCGGCGGCGACAUGCAGGCCCAUUACUCGCACGUGAGCCCGGUCACGUACCGGCCGGUCCUCAACCGCGGUCAGUCGGACGGCAAGUCCGGUCCGGCCGGGCGGAUACAGUGACCGGCGACCGAACGGCCUUAACACGGUUUCCGCGGGCCGUCCUCAUCCGUCUGGCCGUUCGGGUAGUUUUUUACGCCGCCCGCGUCGUCCUGUCAUUACUCUCGCCCCGGUACGACACGUCCGACCGAUCGGUUUACACCCCACCGUCGUACUACAUCGUAUCGAUAAUAUAUUAUUUAUUUGUUUAUUUAUUCGUCUAUUCGUUUCCGCGUUCGAUUUUACGUUUUGCUCGAAACAACAUAAUAAUAACAGGUAUUUUUUAGAAAAAAACACGAUAAAUUGUCGUUUUCGUCUUUUUUUUUUUUUUUUAUUAUUAUAUAAACGUGAAAAUAUACAAUACAAUUCUUAUGGCGGUUCGUGGUUUUUUGUUUUCCUUUUGCCGACAAACCUUUUCGGCGUUUACCGGUAACGUAUACGCUAUAACGAUAUGUUUUAUGUACUUGGGACAUUCAUGGCGGUGUGAUGUGUUUAUGGUAUAAAAAGAAAAAAAAA